AUGCUCAACUUCUCUCAUCUCUUCCUCUUUCUUGCUUUCUUUUUGGUCCCUUCUUCAGUUGUUGCAGGAACCGAUCAUAUCGUGGGGGAUGAUCAGGGUUGGGACCUUGGAGUCGACUACUCGUCUUGGACUAUUGGCAAAACGUUUUUUGUUGGAGAUAAUCUAGUAUUCAAGUAUAAGAAAGGGGUGCACAACGUAUUGGACGUCAACGUAACGGCGUUCGCAGAGUGCGCCGCACCUACAAACCAAUCCCCGCUGAAAACUGGAAACGAUAUCAUUCCAUUGAGACGUCCUGGAACCAGAUGGUUCAUAUGCAGCAUUGCCCGCCACUGUCAAUCAGGACAAAAGCUUGUAAUUUUCGUAGACAACCCACCGUCCAACGGCGGACAGGCUUCUCCCCCGCCGUCGUCUCUUCCCCCGGCGUCCUCUCCACCGCCGCCGUCAACCUCCGCUCCUUCUCCUUCAGCGUCUGCGCCUAGUCAUAACCAAACUACCCCACACUUGCCGGUUCCAACUCCAAGCGAAAGCAUCCCACCAUCGCUGUCGCCUGUUCCCAGUCCGAGCCCCACUGCUCCACCGCCGUCCGGGUCUGCCUCGAAAGCCGCUAUUUCCGGCCACCUUGGGGUUUUGGCAGUGGCGGUUGGCGCUCUGGCGGGAAUAAUGACGUAA